AUGGUACAAACCAAUCUCGACACGCAGCGAACAACGAGUGUCAUCCGAAGACCUGUCUUUAUAACCGCUGAUACGUCCGGGGCUCCAAGAAUGUCGUCGCUGUUGUUGUCCGAGGUCCCUACGUCAGUGCUGCACCAGGUGCCAGACCACUGGUCUGCCGUGGACCACUUCCAGGACUUUGAGCUCGUCGAGCUGUCAGAAACCGCAGCGGAGUACAUCACCGUCCAGCGACAGUUUUUCUCGACGAUGAACAGAAGAAUGCACAAGACCGUACACAUAUUCCGUGUACAGAACCCGGGGCUGUGGGAUAAAUACUGCAGUGCUAGACGGGCCAUGACUCCUCGAGGUCAAAGGCCAGGAGAGGUGGAGGAGCGUCGGUUGUUUCACGGAACCCCGACACUUGACGCGGCCAGGGGCAUCUGCGCCAACGGUUUCGACUUCCGCAGGUCUGGAGAAAAUGUUGGAACUGUCUGGGGCAAGGGAGCUUACUUCUCCACCACAGCUCGCUACAGUCACAGCUACACACGUAUAGACACCACAGUCACAGGCGACCCCCUGCGGUUCAUGUUUCUGGGGAAGGUCCUGGUGGGGCAGUACACUCUGGGUGAUCCUUCCUACACUAAGCCACCAGAGCGUGACCGGCUGAAGCUGUACGAUUCGUGCGUGAAUGAUUACUUUAACCCCACAAUAUUUGUCAUCUUCGACCUGGCACAAAGCUACCCGGAGUAUCUGAUCCAGUACACAAGCUUUUCUGCCAAGCCCGAAAAAAUGGUGCGGACACAAUCACAGCCUCGGUCACAAGCGUCAGGAACAUCGCUAUCAAGGAGAAUCACUGAAUGA